GGCGUGUGUAUCGACUUAUAUCGCGGGCCCAAUCGAAUCAGUGCAAUAAUUGUCAGCUGAGAGGUGACAUAAUCGAUGCAAUAUUCUGGAGGCGUGAAGCUAACCUCAAACAAUAAUUUUAGUAAAAUUAAAUAAAUCGAGCAACCGACGAAGCGCCUUCAAUAAUAAAUUAAUUAGUUAGUUAAGGUAGUUAGUGUACACAAGUGCCAAGAAGUGUCGUGUCGCGCGUGUGAUACCGACGAGUUAAGGAUUUUUAGCGAGCGUAUCGUCGGCAAGCGCAGUGAGCGUUUCGAGCGCGACGGGCAGCAAGAUUGAGGUGGUGGGGGGGUGCGGGUGGGGAAGGCGUGCGCGUGUGAGGCCGCUACACGCGCUCGGCCGAGCGGCCGGCAUGUUGGCCUCGCAGCGCUCGCAGUCCUGCAACGAAGAGGGCGCGUUCUUCGGCGCGCGCGCACUGCGCCGGCCGCGAGGCAAAGGCAGUGGCAGCCCGCCCUGCUAGGGGUACGCCAUGUCGCUGCGCAGCCUACACCGGCGGCUUUCGUCCGCUAACAACACAUGCGACGAUGGUGGAGGCGGCGCGGCGACAGGCACCGGCGGCGGUCGGACGGCGUCGCUGCGACUCGCGAACGGUCGGGUCGCGGCGCAGUCGGCGGAGCAACUACCGCACUCGCCGGCCGACUGCGCCUCUGUGCGGAUCUCUAUAGACAACACCAACACAUGCUGCACAGACUCGCUCGUCACCGCCCUGGACGACGAGACAUUAUUACUGGGCGACGCCGACAUGUCGCUGAAGCAGGGCAGCGGCACCGGGAAGGUCCACUUCGGUGGGUUGGACGAUGUGUCUCUGUACGGGACGCCAGUGGAGCCCGCCCCGCCGGCACCAGACGCCAAGCAAGGCUUCCUCCGCAACCAACUGCAAGCCCUGUUCCAGCCCACCGACAACAAACUGGCGAUGAAACUCUUCGGCUCCAAGAAGGCCCUGAUGAAGGAGAGGAUCCGGCAGAAGGCGGCGGGACACUGGGUCAUACAUCCGUGCAGUAGUUUUAGAUUCUACUGGGACCUUUGUAUGUUAUUACUUCUGGUCGCCAACCUCAUCAUCUUGCCGGUCGCCAUCUCCUUCUUCAACGAUGACCUCAGCACGCGUUGGAUCGCCUUCAACUGUCUCUCGGACACUAUAUUCCUUAUAGAUAUCGUUGUUAAUUUUAGAACAGGAAUAAUGCAGCAGGAUAAUGCAGAACAAGUGAUAUUAGAUCCCAAGUUAAUAGCGAAGCACUAUUUGAGGACAUGGUUCUUCCUUGACCUCAUCUCUAGUAUACCACUAGAUUAUAUAUUUUUGAUCUUCAAUCAGGUAAACGAUUUUAGCGAAAGCUUUCAAAUCCUUCACGCGGGUCGAGCCUUAAGGAUACUGCGGUUAGCGAAGCUUCUCUCUCUGGUGCGGCUGCUGCGGCUGUCCAGGCUCGUCCGAUAUGUGUCCCAAUGGGAGGAAGUUUAUUUUCUCAACAUGGCAUCAGUGUUCAUGCGGAUAUUCAACUUGAUCUGCAUGAUGUUGUUGAUCGGGCACUGGUCUGGUUGUCUUCAGUUCCUUGUGCCUAUGUUGCAAGGAUUUCCACCAAACUCAUGGGUUGCAAUCAACGAACUUCAGGAAGCUUUUUGGUUGGAGCAGUACUCGUGGGCGUUGUUCAAGGCGAUGUCUCAUAUGCUCUGCAUCGGUUACGGUCGAUUCCCUCCACAAUCUCUCACAGACAUGUGGCUGACUAUGCUUUCCAUGAUCUCCGGAGCCACCUGCUACGCCCUGUUCCUUGGACACGCCACCAAUCUCAUCCAAAGUCUUGACUCCUCGCGCAGGCAGUAUCGUGAAAAGGUAAAACAAGUGGAAGAAUACAUGGCAUACCGAAAACUUCCUCGGGAGAUGCGACAACGCAUUACCGAGUACUUUGAACACCGGUAUCAAGGAAAGUUCUUCGACGAGGAACUGAUCUUAGGGGAGUUAAGUGAGAAGCUCCGAGAAGACGUCAUCAACUACAACUGCCGGUCGCUGGUCGCCUCCGUGCCUUUCUUCGCCAAUGCCGACUCUAACUUUGUAUCCGACGUUGUUACUAAACUGCGUUAUGAAGUCUUCCAGCCUGGUGACAUCAUCAUAAAAGAAGGAACAAUCGGAAACAAAAUGUACUUCAUCCAAGAAGGCAUAGUAGACAUCGUGAUGGCCAACGGCGAAGUCGCGACCAGUCUCUCCGAUGGGUCCUACUUCGGUGAAAUCUGUCUACUGACCAACGCUCGCCGCGUCGCGUCCGUCCGAGCCGAGACCUACUGUAACUUGUUCUCCCUCUCCGUGGACCAUUUCAACGCCGUUCUCGACCAAUACCCACUCAUGCGGCGAACAAUGGAGAGCGUCGCCGCCGAACGGCUCAACAAGAUAGGGAAAAACCCCAACCUGGUAGCGCAUCGAGAAGAUGACACCACGUCAGAAGGAAACACGAUUAAUGCCGUCGUGAAUGCACUAGCCGCAGAGGCCGAGCACGUUAGCUUGUCGGACGACAGCGUCGCGCGGCUGUCGGAGCGAUCGCUUGGGCUUGCGCUGCAGCCGCUACAAGCGGCAUCGUGCCGUAUGGCCGGCGUGGCCCUGCCCGGGCUGGGCGUGGCGGCCGCGUUGCCGCGCCCCAAGUCGGAGCACGACUUCAGCUCGGCGCAGACGCCGCACCCGCCGCUGUCGGCCGCCGGCGCCGCGUUCCACAAGUCGGACGCCGGCAUCGCGCCCUGACGCCGCACCGUGUGCUAGGCCGAUGCCGCGAGAUAGCAAUACUAGGCUUAGUGCGGGCCGCCGGCGCAGCGCCGCGUCGCCGCCGCGCCGCGCCGGUUCCUCGCUAGUUGUAGCGUAGACUCGAGUAGGUAUUAUAGCUGCGACUUCGCCGGGCACGCACCGCGCCCGCUGAAUCUCAUUUUGUGAUCUUAUACUUAAUUCUCCUGUGUUAUAAUUUAGGUUAAAUUUUAUAUCAUUGACGCUGUGAGGGAUCGACGAAUACGCGACGUAUUCCGAUUGUAUAGAUAUACCUGUUAUAUAUUGAGAAUGAUACUAUUGAAUCUUUAUAGAGAUACCUUGCCAUUAAAAGAGAAAAAUAAUUAUAUAGACUAGACUGAUAUGUAAAGAUAUCACUAUUUUAUGCUUUGUUGGCGUAUGAAAUAGACCUAUUGUUGAAUUGGAAUAUUCGAUCGAAAGAUUAUAACGUUCGAAGUAUAUAAACGUUCCUGAUAAUCACGAUACGGAUAUUAUAUUUGAAGUUAUUUAUAAAAUGUAUAGACGUUGGAUCGUGGGGAGUGUAUGGCGCGGGAGUGCGGAAUGUGCGCACGACCUGCAUAUUUCGAUUAGUUGGCUUGCAGUAAAAAGAGAUCGCCAUUCACGAGAUCAAAGUGGUAUCACAAAUUAAUAGCCAAAUCUAGUUAUUUUGAUGGCGAAGUCUCUUUUUACUCUCUCCCCUGUUGACAAGGGAUGAUUUCGAGCGCACAAACGCAGACCCGCGCUUGUUGACUGCACAAGCGACGCACAAAGGUUUACCCUAUUAACGAUAGAAAUACAAAAUGAUGGUUUAGCAAAUUGUCAAAGCAUACAAAAAUACCUCGCUUUAUGACCAGUUAAUAAAUUGUAUAAGGAUUUUCAAAAUCAAUAUAAAUGCUCUUAUUAAUUGCAUUAUAUUUUACAAUAUGACCAUUUUCGGCGCAAUUCGCUUAUAUAAGUAGGUACUUCAAUUUGCUCACUGUCGUUUUGUAUUUUUAUCACUCGUCGGUUAAACCGAUAGAACGAGCCUCAUGCGAUUCCAAUAGCACACAGUUGCUUUGAUCAUUUUAAUUAUAAGUAGUCAUAUCUACCUACCGAUUGUGGACAUAAUUAGCGCAACUUUGUCUCGGUUUCCUAAGUAGGAAUCUUUAGCGCUUCGAAUCUUUUGAGGAUUCUUUGUAAAUAUCGUAUUAUAUCGAGGAUUCGCCAAGCGCUCGUUGGACGGAGGUAUUGGUCCCAUCCAGCCUAAUAACACUGGCCAGAAUGAAAAUUUUGUAACUUUAUUCUUCUAUUGGACCAAUCACCAAGGUAUAAUUUAUUGCUCUAGAUUAGCAAUAUAAAAAGAAGAAAUCAAUUUUUAAUUGAAAAUUCUUUUACACACACAGGUUUUAUUUAACCAUAAGAUUUAAUUCCACUCUAACCCGGUUUAGGUAAAUCUAGGUAUUGAAAAGUUUUCGCGUAUGGUGAUGUGCCUUAGCUAUCAUACACACGUGCGGAGUUUGGGAAUGAUCGUGAAAGGAAGAAGAAUUAUUCAUUUCAUUGAAUUCAAUACAAUUAGGAAGAAAAUUUAAAUUAUUUACGUGCCUUCUGAAGCAAAGAGAAGCUCAUUAACUCAUGAAAAAUGCUCUAAAACAUCCAUAUAAUUUUAAAUGUUGUUCUAUAAGUUACUUCGAGGAAAAGGUCAAAAUUAAAGCAAAAUGACAAACGCGCGUUUAUUUUCCUCAUUAUUAGUACUUCAUUGUAAUAUCACUCAUCCCUUGCCAUAAAUGUGACGUUUAUCUUAAUAGUAGUCGGUACUAGAAAAUGUGUCUAAAAUUUUACAUAAUAACUUUUCUUUUCAUCAUAAAAGUGUGGCUAGAUUCUGACACAAGAACCAUUUUGUUUCUUUUUUUUAAGUGCUAUAGGUAAAUAUAAAUUAAAAAAAAAUAUAAGUCAUGGCCAGAGCUAUUGGACUGGAUGGGAGCCGAAAGGUUGGAGUGAGUGCCGUCUGGCUCGCGAGCGCCCAGCGGCCCAGUCAAUUAUUCCGUGCGCUCGCCAUCGGGGCCACGAAUCGUUCUCGAUGCACUACACUUCAUACCUUGUUUUAAUUGUAGGUGAAAAUAAUUUAUUGUCGAUAGUGAUCAUUUCGUAGGAGUAAGUAGGCCGGAGCGUUAACAAAUUCGGACGAAUUACGUUAUGUGAUAGAGCAGCAGUUGGCUGCGCGGCCGCGGCCGGGCUCGGCGACCCCUUCCAGUAGCACCGUAGAUGGACUCUGCCAUUAUUACUCGCUUCUAAUAACGACUCCAUUUGGUCUAUCUUUUUCUUCUACAAUAGCCUUAGUUGACUUUCCGAAAUGGCUUCUCGCAACGCUUACAUUCUAAUUUAAGUUAGAAAUUAGGUACAUAACUAAGUAUGACAUAUCGUAGAGUUCGGGCGAGUCGCCGAGCCUGGACGCACCGCCGUCUUGGCACGACCAUCGUUGACUAUUUCUUAUAGUGUCAUGACAAUUUGUAAAGAUGGUUUUGCAAAUGUUGACUUUUUAGCCAAAAUAUAGUUAAAGAAAGACGAACCAAUACGCGGUAGCUUACUUGUAGAUGAAUGCAGCCUAGUUCUGUUUGGCGACUAACACCAAUAGUUACUUUGUACUGGUAAGAUAUUUAUAUACAAUUGGUCUUAGCAGAGUGACUAUCUGUCAAUUUAUCUACAAAGAGAAAAUAUAAUUGUGUUUAAUCCCGAAAGCAUUUAUUUACCAUUGUUUUAACUACCUAACAUUACAGCUUUUGUAAAUUAUAUAAAUUUUAUAGGAGAGAUCUAUUUUUAUUGUGAAGUUGAAUUACUGGAUGUAAGUGAAAACCUAUACGAAAUCAAAGUUUUUUUAGAUCUGAACUGUUAUUUAUUAAAUAUUUUACUGAUUUCUGGUAUCUAUUUUCACCAAAAGUGCUCAUCGCUGUCAAGAAAAUUAGAGAAAAUGCA